AAUAAAUAAAUAUUCUUUUGGGAAACCAAGAUGUGAUGAAAUUAUAAAUACAUGUACGGUAUAUCAAUAAUUAGUACAAUUGAUAUGGAAUAAUAUCCUAUAAUCAUAAAAAGACGGAAUAGAGGUACAAAUUUAUAUGGAUGUAUUUAUAUCCAAAGUGCAAACUAAAACUUAUUGCGUAUAAACUCCAAAGAAAGGCUUUCAAAAUGAUGGAACUGCUGAAAAAAAUGUCAACAAUGCAGGUUUCUAAAUCAAACAAUCCUGAAAAAUCUGCCAGUGAAAACCAAUGUGUAACUUCUGCAGGCGGUGUGAAGAGUAAAAUAGUACCAGAUUUAAACUCCAUACAGGAUACGUUACAUCAACUAUCAACAUCAGCCAUUAAAAGCAAUAUUACUAUAACUGAUUCGUCCAAUGUUCAUUUGGGCAAUAAAAUCAAUUAUGAUGGCAAUCUUUAUGUUAAUCUUGUCAACAAUAACAAUGAAAGCGGAAUAUCAUUAAUCCAGCAUGACAAUAAUAAUGGCGUAAUAAUUAAAACAGCAUCAAAUGUUUACAUCUCAGAUUUUCCUAUAAUUCCGCGUAGUUUUUGGUCAAUUAAAAAACCCAAACAAGAAUAUGAUAAAAUUGAAGAACCCGUUAAAUUAGUUAUAAUUUCUCACACAGCCACCACCAGUUCUACUGAUCAAUCUAAAAAUAUUCAAUUAAUAAGAGAUAUACAGGCCUUUCAUGUCGACACACAUAAUUGGAAUGAAAUAGGCUAUAAUUUUCUAAUUGGCUGUGAUGGUACAAUAUACGAAGGACGAGGUUGGGGCAUUGAAGGUGCACACACAUUCGGCUAUAACAACCGAUCGCUUGGUGUUACAUUUAUCGGUUGUUUCAUUAAUAGGAAGCCCUCCGAGCAAGCACUAAAUGCCUGUAAAAAUUUACUUGAAAGGGGCAUUUAUGAAGGACAUUUAGCCAAAAAUUAUAAGUUAUUAGGUCAUCGCCAAUGUUCGGAAACAGAAAGCCCCGGUACUAAAUUAUAUGAAGAAAUAACCACAUGGAAACAUUUUUAUAACAAAUCUGUUGACGAAGAUUUAAGAACAGACGAUGAAAGUGAAGAAUAAUGGGCCUUUUGAUGCAAUCGUAUUUAUGUGAAAUCACAUAAUAAUUAAGAAUUUAUUUACAUACAUAAUUUUCAAAUAUUUUAUUCUGUAGCAUCUGAAAUAUUUAUGAAAAUGUACAAAAAUGAAAUAGGAUGUUAUGCUCUCUGUAUUAUAUUUAAAAACCGAUCGAUUUUUUCUUUUAUUUCAAUUAUGUUGAUGUUUAGUUUAAGAACUUGUUAUUAAAAUAUAUGCAAUAAAAUUUUUUUUUUAAUUAAAAAAAAUUUUACACUACAAA